AUGAACCGCCUCUUCGGCGCAGCGCCCAAGGGCCCAAAACCAACCCUAAACAGCGCAAUCACAAACAUCGACGACCGCAUCUCCUCAAUCGACGUGAAACUCUCCGCCCUCACCGCAGAACUAAACACCUACCAACAAAAACUCUCCAAAAUGCGCGACGGCCCGGGAAAAAACGCAAUCAAGCAAAAGGCGCUCAAAGUCCUCCAGCGUCGCAAAAUGUACGAGUCCCAACGCGACCAGCUACAGUCCCAGGUCUGGAACAUGGAACAGGCGCAGACGAUGCAGGAUAACCUCAAAAACACAAUGGCCACCGUCGACGCGCUCAAGACGACCAAUAAAGAACUCAAGAAGCAGUACGGGAAGGUGGAUAUCGACAAGAUUGAGAGGUUGCAGGAUGAGAUGGCGGAUUUGAUGGAUAUUGGCAAUGAUAUCCAGGAGAGUCUGGCAAGGUCGUAUGAUGUGCCCGAGGACGUUGAUGAGGCGGAGCUGGAUGCCGAGUUGGAGGCGUUGGGGAUGGAGGCCGAGUUGGAGCCUGAGAUGGGUGCCAUGCCGAGUUUCUUGCAGGAGGAGUUGCCCGAAUUUGUGGAUGAGGAGCCGGCCAAGGAGGGUGCCAAGCUCAAGGAGGCUGCU